UGAAAAUUGAAAAGCAACUUGUGUUUGAUGCCAACUUAGCAGAGCAAAGAGAAGAAAAGGUACAGAUCUAUAGUUACACAAAAAACAGAUAGUUUGGACAUUACUAUAGAUUACAGAAGAGAGCUUGCACAUCAUCGUUAUUCCUUAUGAACCCAUUACCAACACAUCUCUUUAAAAAAAACACAAAUUAGCCAAAUAGAGACACAUUAGAAUACACACAGAAGAGAAAGGUUUAAGUAUUAUGUACAUGAAAGUGUAUGUAAUUCAAGGACUUAUCAAAAGUGGCAUUUGGCAAUAUAAUUUUAUAAUGAAAAUAUAAGAAUCUUGUCACAGCUGUCAUAUGAGGAAAAACAUUAGAAUACGUACAGUAAGAAAAUGAUGUCUAAUUAUGCAUGUUAUCAAAGAGAAAAUCUAGUGAAGGAUCAUACAGGGGAGAAACGGCUUAAAUAUUCUAAUCACAGUGAUAAUAUGAAGAAACAUAUGACAAUACAUGCUCGAGAGAAACGCUUUAAAUGUGAUUUUUGUGACUAUGCUUGUAGUCACAGCGGUAGUCUAACAAUACAUAGGAGAAUACAUACUGGAGAGAAACCCUUUAAAUGUGAUGUAUGUGACUAUGCUUGUAAUCACAGGGGUCAUCUGAAGAGACAUAGGAAAAUGCAUACUGGAGAGAACUGCUUUAAAUGUGAUGUUUGUGACUAUGCUUGUAAUCAGAGUGGUGAUAUGAAGAAACAUAAGAGAAUACAUACUGCAGAGAAAUGCUUUGAAUGUGAUGUUUGUGACUAUGCUUGUAAUCAGAGUGGUAAUCUGAAGGUACAUAAGAGAAUACAUACUGGAGAGAAAUGCUUUAAUUGUGAUUUAUGUGACUAUUCUUGUAAUCACAGCAGUAGUCUAAAGGUACAUAAGAGAAUACAUACUGGAGAGAAACGCUUUAAAUGUGAUUAUUGUGACUAUGCUUGUAAUCACAGCGGUAAUAUGAAGAUACAUAGGAGAAUACAUACUAAAGAGAAACGCUUUAAAUGUGAUGUAUGUGACUAUGCUUGUGAUCGGAGCCAUAGUAUGAAGAGACAUAAGAGAAUACAUACUGGAAAGAAAUGCUUGUAAUGUGAUUAUUGUGACCAUGCUUGUAAUCACAGCGGUAAUCUGAAGAUAUAUAAGAGAACACAUACGUGAGAGAAAUGCUUUAAAUGUGAUAUUAAUGACUAUGCUUGUGUUAACAGAGGUAGUUUAAAAACAAACAAGAAAAUACAUACUGGAGAAAAUUGCUUUAAAUGUGAUGUUUGUGAGUUUGCUUGUAAUCAGAGCAGUAGUCUGAAGAGACAUGAGAGAAUACAAACUGGAGAAAUGAAGUUUUAAAUGUGACGUUUGUGACUAUGCUUGUAAUCACAGUUGUAAUCCGAGGAGACACAGGAAAAGAUAAAAUACUCGAGAAAAAUGCUUUGAAUGUCAUUAUUGUGACAAUGCUUGUCAUGACGGCAUUAGUUUGAAAAUACACAGGACAAUACAUACUGGAGAGAAACUCUUUGAAUGUGGUAUUGAGACUAUGCUUAUAUUCUCUUCGGAAGUCUGAAGAUACAUAGCAGAAUACAUACUGGAGAGAAACUUUUUAAAUGUGAUGGUUAUAACGAUGCAUCAACAAUGUUCAAUGAAUACAGUAGUCUGAAGAAACACACGAAAAUUCAUUCUUGAGAGAAAUGCUGAAAAUGUGUUUGCGACUAUGCUUGUGAUGACGGCAGUAGUAUCAACAGACAUAGGAGAAAACAGACUGCAGAGUAAUGCUUUAAAUUUGAUGUUGUAACAAUGCUUGUUCAUUGUUGUUAUUGCAGCGGUAAUCUGAGGAAACAUAGGAGAAUACAUGAUACUGGAAAUUUGGAAAGAAAUGUUUUUAAUGGUGUGAUGUUUGUGGCUAUGUUUGUAAUUGUAGCGGUAGUCUGAAGAUAAAUGGAAGACCACAUACUGGGGAGAAAGGUUUUAAAUGUGAUGUAUCUGACUACUUUGAAAUCAUUAUUAGUCCCCUACUGGUUGAAACCAGUUUCGGGGACUAUAGGAAUGCGCUUUUCCGUCAUUCCGUCCGUCCGUCUGUCUGUCCGUCCGUCCGUCUGUCCGUCCGUCCGUCCGUCCGUCCGCAAUUUCGUGUCCGGUCCAUAACUCUGUCAUCCAUGAAGGGAUUUUAAUAUUACUUGGCACAAAUGUUCCCCAUGAUGAGACGACGUGUCAUGCGCAAAACCCGGACCCCUAGCUCAAAGGUCAAGGUCACAAUUGGAGGUCAAAGGUCAACAGGGCUUUUUUCCUGUCCGGUCCAUAACUCUUCCAUCCAUGAAGGGAUUUUAAUAUUACUUGGCAUAAAUGUUCCCCAUGAUGAGACGACGUGUCAUGCGCAAAACCCGGACCCCUAGCUCAAAGGUCAAGGUCACAGUUGGAGGUCAAAGGUCAACAGGGCUUUUUUCCUGUCCAGUCCAUAACUCUCCCAUCCAUGAAGGGAUUUUAAUAUUACUUGGCACAAAUGUUCCCCAUGAGAAGACGACGUGUCAUGCGCAAAACCUAGACACCUAGCUUAAAGGUCAAGGUCACAAUUUGAGGUCAAAGGUCAACAAGGCUUUUUUCCUGUCCGGUCCAUAACUCUCCCAUCUAUGAAGGGAUUUUAAUAUUACUUGGCACAAAUGUACCUCAUAAUAAGACGAUGUGUCGUGCACAACUUUCAAACCCCUAGCUCAAAGGUCAAGGUCACACUUAGCAGUCAAAUGUUAACAUAGCAUGAACAGGGUCUGUUUCGUGUCCGGUCCAUAACUCUGACAUUCAUUAAGGAAUUUUAAUAUCACUUAGCACAAGUGUUCCCCAUGAUGAGACGACGUGUCGUGCGCAAAUCCCAGACCCCUAGCUCAAAGGUCAAGGUCACAAUUGGGGGUCAAAGGUCAAUAAGGUUUUUUCCCUGUCCGAUCCAGAACUCUGUCAUCCAUCAAGGGAUUACAAUAUUACUUGGCAUAAAUGUUUCCCAUGAUGAGACGACGUGUCAUGCGCAACACCCAGUACCCUAGCUUAAAGGUCAAGGUCACACUUUGAGAUCAAAGGUCAAGAGGAUUUUUUUCCUGUCCGGUCUAUAACUUUGUCAUGCAAAGCAGGAUUUAGAUAUCAGUUGGCACAAAUAUUCCCCUGGAUGAGACAACAUGUCAUGCGCAAGAACCAGGUCCCUAGGUCUAAGGUCAAGGUCAUAUUUAGAGGUCAAAGGUCAAAUGCAAGAAUGACUUUGUACGGAACAUUUCUUCUUCAUGCAUGGGGGGAUUUUGAUGUAACUUGGACCAAAUGUUCACCACCAUGAGGCACCCUUGUUUUUAGAAUUACGUCCCUUUGUUGUUACUAUAAAUAGAUUUUAUUGUAACUUUUUUAUUACUGGCGGUAGAGAAAAAUCGUGACCACUUUUCUGUGGUACAGCAUGCAUGUUACAUCCAAUUUUUAGGUGUAUUUUGACCUAUCUCUACCUGGUAAAGAGUUUCUUGUGGACUUAUAUUAUAUAGAUUUUUUUUUUUUUUUUUUUUUUUUUUUAAAAGAUUAAUUUCCCUUUGUUGUUACUAUAAAUAAAUUACAUGAUAACAUUUUUAUAAUCAGCCAAAAAAAUUCAAUAUGAAAACAACUAUAGGUUUUUAUAUAUAUAAAUUUUAAUCCAAGUGUUUUGUUAUUACAUAUUGUAUAUAUAGUACAACAUUGUUUAUACAUCAUUGACAGAUAUCAGUUCAUUAUGUUAUACUGCAGUAGAGAAAAUUAGGUGCCUUCCAGUAGGGGACUUUGUAUUGCAUGGCAAUACUUCAUUCACUUGUUAUUCAUGUGGGAAUAAUUUUCGUGGAUUUCAAGGUUGAGCUCAGCCACGAAUGUAAAUCUCAAUAAACAGACUGUGCCCACGAUAAUUUACUUGUACGCAAAGUCGUAAAAAAGACACCAUAGCUGUUCGAUCUGAUUGUAGUUUUAUGCAUGUGGAAGUAGUAACCUGCAGCUUUCAUGUAGUUUAUGGAGGCUCUAUCAACAAUAAACAUAGGCAUGCCUGGAAACAAAACCGACAGUUUCAUUUAGAAAUGUACCCGUGCCGUGGUUUGUUUAUGACAUGCAUGUUGAAGUAAAAGUAGAUACUAAAAAUAGCAGUUUGACAUAGCAUGACGUGCCAACCGCACUAUAAUACAACUGUUUUUUGAUUUUUUCCGCCCCGCCAGUGCUCAGUGCUUAUACGCUAACUUUUGUUUGUGUAAUAAAAUACUAUGAAUUAGGAGCAAUUAAAUUAGAGAAUCUAAUUGAACAGAACAGAACAGAACAUAUCUUUUAUUUCACCCAGGCAUUUUUCAAUACAACAAGGGGAAUAUAACACAAUGUUGAUAUAACAAAAAUCUGAAUGGAUCCGGUACAGGAAAAUAUACAAAUAUAGCUAUUAUUUUAUGCGUAAAAAUUUUUACAACUCAAAGGAAUGUCAUUCAUUAAUUUGGGCAGUAUGCUAGAUUUGUGUCCGAUGCAUUAAUACUUAAUUCACAUUACACGUUUCUAAAUAACACAUGAUGCACAAGUUCAAAAGCUUGUACUUUUAUCGAGUACAUGCAGACGCAACAUUAUUUAAAUCUAUAAGAGUUUGUCUUAAUUUGCAGUACAAUAACUAGUUCUUCUUUAUAACACGAUCAAAUGAUCAAUAAUCAACUUGUAUGUUUGUUUCGAUUAUGAAUGCUAAUUGUGCAAGGUGCUACUUUGAAAUAUUCAAUCAGAAAAGUCGGCGCCAAUUAUAAAGUGUCAAAACUGUAGCACCUUUCACAAUUAGCAUUCAUAAUCGAAUAAAAGUUUUGCAAAUAAGGAGUUGUAUAACUAUAGAUAAUGCGGUCGUUAAUUGGCAAAUGAUCACUAGCUAAUCUCCCUCAGCGUAGAGUGCAAUUUUGGUAACCAUGGUAGCGCUGUUUGACACGUGUAGGUUGCACAUGCAAGGACAGAAGUACUUGUAGAUCUGUUCCUGUUGAAAUUAUAUUUCAUUUGUUUUUACAAAAAUUGAGAAUCCAUGAAUUUAUGUCCCCACGAAACUGCCGUUUUGGGCAAAACCACGAAAUUUCUUGCCAACGAAAUUAAAUGAUCUCGCACUAUACUUGUAACACACUAUGUACCCGGAUAAUCCUUACUCUGUUCAGCGAACCUAACUCAGUGCCAACAUGGCUGACAGAAUGACCAUGUAUGUAGUUAAUUUUCUUGUUUUUACUCAUGUUUUUAUGUUAGUAUGUAAUGUUAGCGUAAAACUUUUGAUAGCCAUAAUAUCCUGUAUUGAUAACAUGUUUUGUGUACUAAAUAUUUCAAUCAGCAAGACACAUUAUGUGGCUGGAAUUCAUUAAAAUGUGCUCAAAGAAGUUUUCAGAAUGAA